AUGGCGAAUUUUGGCGACCACAACCUUGUACCCCUUGAGAUGCUGCAGCGUUUGGCUGAUGGUGCAAGUGGAGGUGCGCCCAAUGGCCGGCCCCCCAAGGGGGGCCGCCCGGGACGGCAAAGGCUCAGACUGGCCAUCUAUCUUGCCGUGUUCAGCGUGCUCUUGGGAAUCCUCACACGGCUCCAAGCACUCAGAGCACUCAGCUGGGUGGGCCAGGGCCCUGGCGCUGUGCCCGGUCGCACGGAUCGCAUCAAGCGCGCUGCAGAGUCGGACAUCGUGGUCUCUCGAAAGGUUCCUUUGAUCCCUCGGCCGCAGAAGGGUCCCAGGCCGCUGGUGGAACCUUCGUAUUUCGAUCAGCCCCAUGUGCCAGAGGGCGCUGAGCGACGUCCCGGACCUGUGAGGGGCCUGAUGUUUCAGAAGUCCAUCAUGGAGACGCUGGAGAGCGGCGUGGACGAGGACCAGCGGGGUGGCCUCAAGGGCCGCUACGCCAUUGAGAUUGCUGAGCAUUUGGCUGCACGGAAAGCUUUGGUGGCUGCAGGCAUUCGGGAGAACAUCACAGUCUUCUGGGACCAUGAUGGCUUUCCACUGCCUGAGGUCUAUGAACUCAGACCCUUAGCUGCGCUGAAGCGCUACUGCGAGUGGAUCGCUGGAGUGCUUGGAGCGUCCGUGACCCGUAUCGAAACUGUGGAGUACACCCGGAAUAACGCUCCUUCUGUGUGGAGCCACCUCCGGGGUGACCAGAACUUGUACAACAGCCUACGGCAGUUCGGUGGUGUGGUACACAGGGCUUGGCCACCCAUGACGGAUGGCAUUGAUGUGAUCUUCUUUGAAAGGUUCCGACAUCACUUGGACCUGAUGGCCAACGGAGGCCCCAGAUCCAUCCUGUGUUUGAUGGCAGAAGAGAAGGGCUAUCAAGCGAUGAUCGAAGCCGCCCAAAGCGAAGGAGUCACGGUUGUCCGUGUGGGGAAGAACGGGCUCAUGACGUACUAUCCAGGUGCCCAUGACUUCAGCGUGCCCAUUUUUUGGGAGAGGUGGCGCUUUGCGCAGAAAGAUCUCUUCAGCUUUGAACUUGAUCCCUUCAGAUCGGAUGAAGAAUGGCUCCCUCACCAUGGCCCCAAGAAGUGGCAGCCCGGGACCGUGGUGCUCGAGCCUUGGGACCCAUCAGAGGAGUUGGAUCGUCGGAUCUUUCACAAAUUUGUGAACAAGAAAGACUUCGAAGUUUCGGGGACGCAAAUCAUUGGGACCUGGCGCAGACCCGGCUUUCUGAUGAACGACACCCUGCGCGUGGCAGUGGCUCGUUCUACGGCCAUCACGGUCAGCAAGAAGAAGAAGCAGCCGAUCAGAGAAUCUAAUGCGCACUUCUUCCGAGAAGAUUUGGAAGCCUUGGUGGAGCAAGGACCCGAGGUCGCACAGGAGGCCAAAAGAGACUUGGAGCAGUUGGGACAAGACCCUGAGGACUACGCGGUUCUUCUCUGGAACCACGACAGUCAUAAGUUGGUCAACUACGGGGCCAGCCAACGCGAGGUCUUGGCCCGACUGGUGCGGUGGUGGGAGGGCUUCCUAGGAAUGCCCGUGAGACGCGUGGAGGCCGCCGAUUUCGUGGAGCCUUGGGACCGCUUGGGCGCGCACGCCUUGGACUGGCUGUACCAAAUGUCCCUGCUGAACAUCACCGUGAAUAGGUUAUGGCCUCCCAAGAGCGAAGCCAUCAACCGCGUGUUGCUGCGGCAAGUCUCUCGCAUGGCGCGAGCCAAGGCGGAAGAUCGUUGGGCAAGUCCCAACAGCCGGCCUCCCAGGCUGGUCAUCGUCAUGACGACGGACAUGUGCUUUGACAUUGCCAUCGAAGAUGCGCAGCGUGCAGGCAUCAGUGCGGUGUGGAUGGGAUCGAGAGGCAACGGCGCCUUCUACCCGGCCAACACCACGCAUCGCAUGCCCUUCGUCACGGUGCCAUGGAGGAGAUGGUCGCAAGACAUCGCCAUUGCCAACCGCAAUCCCUUCUUGGAAGGCGCCCGCAAUCCGGACAAUCCUUUGCCCUCGGAGCUGGCACAUACCUCACCUGUACCAAUGGAUCAGAAGUGGGGUAAAGUGGACGAGCUCAACUUGGACAAUUUCGAGGGUUUCCUGAAACCUCAGGAGCAGCCGACAUCGGAAGAGGAAGUCGCCGUGGCGAAGUGAUACGCCUCGAUGUUCUUGUAUAUAG